GCCGCGCUCCGUCCGGGGAGGUCUCGCGAUAAGGCGUCGCCUGCCCGGCCCCGGCGGUGCCGUUGCCCCCGCGCUCAACAUGUCGCUCCGCCGGGCGCUGGCGCUGGCCGCGUGCGGGCUGGCCGGCGGCUCCGUGCUCUUCUCGGCCGUGGCCGUGGGGAAGUCGCCCGCCGGGGACGCCGAGCCGGACCCCCCGGCCCCCGCCUCCGCCCCGGGGCCGCCGCUCCUACCGCCUGGUGCCGCCCCGGGGGCGCUGCUCGUACUGCCCGGUUCCACCCUGGGGCUUCUGCCUCUACCAUCCGCGGCGGGCCCGACCUGGUGGGCACGACCUGCGGGCCAGACCUGGCUGGAGAGACCCACCGGCGUCGGCUCCUGGGACAGCAACUGGGACAGACGUGAACCACUGGCUCUUGUAAACCUGAAAAAGAAACAUGAAGAGACUGGGGAAGAGGAGCUUGCUUCUCGCCUGAAUCACUGCAAACCAAAAGCUACCAGGCACAUAUUUCUUAUCCGCCAUUCUCAGUACAACUUGGAUGGCCGAGCCGAUAAGAAGGGAACUUUGACCCCCCUGGGUCGUGAACAGGCUGACCUGACUGGGCACAGGCUGGCAAGCCUGGGGUUGAAAUUUGAGAAGAUUAUCCACUCCUCCAUGACCAGAGCUACGGAAACUACAGAAAUCAUCAGUAAAUAUCUUCCAGGGGUCAAAAAAAUUAGCACUGAUCUGCUGAGAGAGGGAGCUCCUAUAGAACCAGAUCCUCCAAUCUCUCACUGGAAGCCGGAAGCUGUGCAGUAUUACGAAGAUGGGGCUCGCGUUGAGGCUGCCUUCCGAAAUUACAUUCAUAGAGCAGAUGCAAAGCAAGAAGAAGAUAGCUAUGAAAUCUAUGUCUGCCAUGCAAAUGUGAUCCGCUACAUAGUUUGCAGAGCAUUACAAUUCCCCCCAGAAGGCUGGCUUCGGAUGUCCCUAAAUAAUGGCAGUAUAACACACUUGGUGAUCCGUCCAAAUGGAAGAGUGGCACUUCGAACGCUUGGUGACACAGGAUUCAUGCCUCCAGAGAAAAUCACACGCACCUGACUUAGUACCAUUGAUGGCCAUUCUGGAGCUGCCUCUAGUCUCUGCACUAGUAUGUUCAGCUACGGUACCACUAGAUUUGUUUAUAAUACCAGGUGUGAUGCUGUUAAAAUUGUAUUCUAACUUCCUUUCUCCUUCACACAUGCCAGGCCUGCCUUUCAGUCUAGAAAAGAAGAGAUUCCAUUUUACAUAUGAAGAGAUAAAGUUGCUCACUUAAAUCCAGCAACCUUGCUCUGAGCUAUGGAGUAUGGAAAAACUUAAUAAUUUUGUUCCCAGUGCAACCAAGCAUGCCAACUGCCUGGCUGUAAAGUGAAAGGUCCUCUUCCCUCUUUAACCAGAGCUUGGGUUUUUUCCAAGGACUUUAUUUUCCUUGUGGUAAGGAGCAAAAUGUGCAGAUCCUGCUGAGAGCACCCUCUAUCACGCUAGGCUUGAUAUUGAAGACGAGCAAAGCUGCUUAACUCUUGCAGAAGACAUGGAUGAUUUGUGUAGAAGUUCUGCUGUACAGAUAUGAGUGGCUGUGCUUUCAGUGAACUGGUUUGUGUGUUAGAGAGGGAUGUCGCACAACUCUUCUGCUUGUUGAAGUCUUGUACACAUCAGUGUGCUUGGUGGUAAUGCAGAUCCCUCUUUCAGAUAUACCCGUGUUCACAGUGGAGCUUCAGUGCUGUAUUAACUGCUGUCCAAGUUCAGCAUUUUUCCCCCUUCUCAGGAAGAAGUUAUUUUAAAUAAUGUUUGCUUAAGCAAGUCUUUUACACUGCUAUUAUCUCAAGUCAGCUUACUCUAUGGAAGUGGCUAGGGAAUGUUGGUAAUCUUCUAUAAUAGAAAUGGAAGAAAAGGAAAGUGGAAGGACAAAUAGUAAUGUUUCAGGCUCUUUCUCCAGGCAGAUGCUAGCUAGAGAAGACCUAGGGGAGGGGAGGCGCUGAAGAGACUCAUUCCUUCCCUCCCCUCCCCAGUAGCUUUUUAUGUAACUUUAGUUUUUUCCUUGCCUUUCAGAGGCAGAUGAACUGUGCUGACAAGAAGCCUCUUUCAGGAUAGGGAGGAAGGUCUUGAGGAGAGAGAAGUCAAUGACAAAGUUAAAUCACUGCUUGUCAGUGGCAAGUUAUCAAGGGAUUAUAGACAUUCACACUCCAGAACCUUCUAGGGGAAUACAUUCAGGCAAAAAGUUCAUGUACUUUUUAUAGAAAACUAAAGCUGAUAUUCAAGGGGGAUGCAGCACAUGCUCUGUUCUCUUCAGGAUGUCUGAAAGGUGGCAAACAUGGACCAGAUAAAUGCUUAGGGUGCUGAAAGCUGUCAUGCACCAAAAACUAGGGUCCCUAAACUUAAUUGGGUGAUGGCAGAAUCUGUCAAGCCUGAGAUUUCCUUUUAAAAAUCUUUUUGUAAUUAGUUUAUUCAUCUCUCAUUCUCCAUUGUCAGCCAUCCAAAGCUUUAAUCAUGGAAGUCAUUCUCUAGGAAUUCAUGCAGCUGAAACCAUGAGCUUGAUGCAAAAUACUGUGCGACACAGAUGACAGUUCAGUAAAACUGGGACUAGUAGAGCAGCUAAAUCCUGCAGGAGAAAAAUGCACGUAGGGGAAAUUAAAUGUGGGGUUGUCAAAUCAAUGCAAGAAACUGUAAUGUAUCUACUUCGUUGGCUUUUUAAACAUUUUUUGAAUAAAAAUAACUGGUCUGGC